CUAAAAAUAGAAUAUAUAUAAUACAAAUAUUCCAAGCCCUCCGAUCUGAGCCUCCCUGGAUGUGUUUUUUUUAGAGGGGGCAGGAGAAAAAAAAUAUGUCGGUCUGUUUUGUAGAAACUGAUCAAGACUCGGUGGCGUUGAAAGCUUUGCAGAAGUUUUCCAAGAUGUCCAGUGACAGGCAGAGGUCAGAUGACGAAAGUCCAAGUACUAGCAGUGGGAGUUCAGAUGCAGAUCAGAGGGACCCACCAGCUCCUGAACCCGAGGAGCAAGAAGAGAGGAAGCCUUCUGCCACCCAGCAGAAGAAAAACACCAAACUCUCCAGCAAAACGACUGCCAAGCUCUCCACUAGUGCUAAAAGGAUUCAGAAGGAGCUGGCUGAAAUAACCCUGGACCCACCUCCGAACUGCAGUGCUGGGCCUAAAGGCGAUAACAUUUACGAGUGGAGAUCUACUAUCCUCGGUCCCCCGGGUUCUGUGUAUGAAGGUGGUGUCUUCUUUCUGGAUAUCACGUUUUCGUCCGAUUAUCCAUUUAAACCACCAAAGGUUACGUUUCGCACUAGGAUCUAUCACUGCAACAUCAACAGUCAAGGAGUCAUCUGUCUGGAUAUUCUGAAAGACAACUGGAGCCCUGCUUUAACUAUUUCAAAGGUCUUGCUGUCUAUUUGUUCUCUCUUGACAGACUGCAAUCCUGCUGAUCCUCUGGUAGGAAGCAUAGCUACUCAGUACCUGACCAACAGAGCCGAGCAUGACAGGAUAGCCAGGCAGUGGACCAAGAGAUACGCGACAUAAGCCACGCCCCCGACUGCUUGGUGUGCGGCGCCAAGGUGCACGGAGGCAGCCCCCUGCAGUGUGCAACCGAUCUUUAUAGCCUUUACAAUACGGACUUCUGUGUAUAUGUUAUACUGAUUCUACUCUCUGCUUUUAUCCUUUCGAAGACGGGGAUAUCGCUUUCCCUUGACCCCCCCCCAACCCCUCCCCUCCCCAACCACGAGGGGGGGGGGAAGAAAAGGAAACAGAAAGGAAAAGGUAAACGCUAUCCAGAGUAGAACUUUGUAGCUGUAGAUUAGUUAUGUUUAAAACGCCUACUUGCAAGUCUUGCUUCUUUGGGAUAUCAAAAUGUAUUUUGUGAUGUAACUAAGGAUACCGUUCCUGAAGUCAACCAAAUAUUAUAGUGCAUUUUAGCCUAAUUCAUUAUCUGUAUGAAGUUAU